CGGCCGGGUUUAUGGUCGAUCAAGAGGACCUCCCAAGUCGCCGUCAUCAGGUCCUCAGGUCCACAUGCGAUAAACAGUAUCACUCCCUUAGACCUCCCGUUAGACAUUUAAACAAGUCAGUCCUCCUUGCGCCCGUGCCAUCCGUCCUCAAGCGCCUGCCAGGGCAAUACUCCUCUUCACGUCUUUUGCUCUCCAAUUCCGAGACAUAAUGUCAGCCUCGAUGCACAUCCUUGCCAAGGACGACGAGGCCACCAACUGCGGCUCUGGUGGCGGAGCCGAUUCUUACUUCGGUUUACGUGUCGCGUCGAUUUUUAUUAUUUUAGUGGGUUCGAGCUCUGGCGCAUUGUUCCCCGUCUUGGCGAGAAGGUCAACCUGGUUACAUGUGCCCACAGCCGUCUUUGACUUCGCAAAAUAUUUUGGAAGCGGUGUCAUUAUCGCAACCGCUUUUAUCCAUCUAUUAGCACCUGCCCUCGAUGAGCUCCAAUCAGAGUGUCUUGCACAAGGAUGGCAAACUUAUCCUUACGCACUCGCAUUAUGUAUGCUCAGCAUCUUCAGCAUCUUCCUUCUCGAGCUCAUUGCCUUUCGAUGGGGGACGAAAAAACUCGCAGAGAUCGGCAUGACGCAUGACGCACACGGACACCUGGCAGGUAGCCAUGCCUCACAUGGACCAGAAGGUAACCCCGACGAGUCCAAGUCGAAAUCUAGCAGCAGCGAAGUCGACGUCGAGAACCAACAUGGCCUCCGUGUCCUGGACUCCGCACUAACCCAAAUUAUCGGCGUUGCAAUCCUUGAAUUUGGUGUCACUCUCCAUAGUGUCUUGAUUGGUCUGACGCUUGCCGUUAACGAAGAUUUCAAGGUCCUCUUCGUCGUCCUGAUUUUCCACCAAACAUUCGAAGGACUAGGUAUAGGCUCACGGCUUGCAUACAUGGACCUACCGCCCAAGUAUCGCUGGGUGCCCUUUGCUGGAGCAAUGCUGUAUGGGUUGACAACACCCAUUGGAAUCGCAGCCGGUCUGGGUAUCCGUACCACCUAUAAUCCUGGAAGCACGACCGCAUCGAUCGUCAGUGGUGUUCUGGACGCAUUCAGCUCCGGUAUCUUGAUCUACACGGGUCUCGUCGAAUUGCUCGCUCACGAAUUCCUAUUUAACAAGGAUAUGAUGACUAGCUCAAACGGCCGGCUAGCAUAUGCGAUAAUAUGCAUGCUUUCCGGCUGUGCGCUCAUGGCACUCUUGGGCAGAUGGGCUUAAUGGCUACGGAGCGGAUGGUUCUAUCUUAUUUCAUCUAGUAUUAUUUUUGACUUUCAGAGCGCAUACCGUACUGUACGACAGUCAUAACAUAUACAUUCUUGAUUUAACAUAGCGGAAACAUCCUAAUGAUGUAUUAGUUAUAACUGUCCGAUAUCUUUAUUUGAGAAAAGUAAGAA